UAUGCAAAAAUCCUGUGUAUUGAAUUGAAUUGAAAUCACAUGAGAUGAAGAAAACAUAAAACAACUCCUCCAUCAUCCAAAUUCCAAAACCCAGAUCUCAAAAAACCCUCUCACUCACUCACUCUCAACUCCCCAAAAACCCAUCACACCGAAAACCACUUCCAUAUCACAUUCCAUCACGCCGGGAAUGGCUUUCCCUGAAAAAGCCAACAACAACAACAAUGAAUCACCACCAUCAUCACGCCUAAUUAACAACAUCUUAAUUCCAGCCCUAGAUAAAAUCAUCAAAAACAGUUCUUGGCGUAAAAACUCUAAACUCUCUCAGCAAUCCAAAUCCGUACUUGAUCACAUCACUAAUCCCAAUCCCAAUUCCAUCCAAUCAGAUUCCGACACCUCAUCUCAUCCACCUCCACCUGGCGUCUUACAUGAUUCCGGUACUAAUGAACUUUCACUUGCUGAAUCUGAACUCAUUUUAUCCCCAAUUAUCAAUGCUUGUCUCUCAGGUAAUGUGAAGAUUGCCGAGCCAGCGUUAGAUUGUAUACAGAAAUUGAUAGCGUAUGGAUACUUACAUGGUGAAGCGGAUGUUAAUGGUGGAGAGGAUGGUAAGUUGUUGGUGAAGUUGAUUGAAGCAGUGUGCAAGUGUUGUGAUUUUGGCGAGGAAGGAGUGGAAUUGUUGGUGUUGAAGACGAUUUUAUCAGCUGUUACGUCUGUUGCGUUGAGGAUACAUGGUGAUAGUUUGUUGUUGAUUGUGAGGACUUGCUAUGAUGUUUAUUUGGGGAGUAAGUUUGUGGUUAAUCAGACGACUGCCAAGGCGUCUUUGGUUCAGAUGCUCGUGAUUGUGUUCAGGAGGAUGGAGGCUGAUUCGUCGACGGUACCAGUGCAGCCGAUUGUGGUGGCGGAGUUGAUGGAGCCUUUGGAGAAGGGUGGAGACGGUGAUGGGACGAUGGCGGUUUUUGUUCAAGGAUUUAUUAGUAAGGUUAUUCAUGGGAUGGAUGGGGUUUUAAAUCCAGGUACUCCGGUGGGAUCGAAUGGUGGCGGGGUGCAUGAUGGUGCUUUUGAGACUAAGACUUCGACUGUUGAGUCGACUAAUCCUGCUGACUUGUUGGAUUCAACGGAUAAGGAUAUGUUGGAUGCUAAGUAUUGGGAGAUUAGUAUGUAUAAGACGGCAUUGGAAGGGAGGAAAGGGGAAUUGGCAGAUGGGGAGGGUGACAGGGAUGAUGAUUUAGAUGUUCAGAUUGGAAAUAAGCUAAGAAGGGAUGCAUUUUUAGUGUUUAGAGCUCUAUGUAAGCUAUCAAUGAAGACCCCUCCAAAAGAAGCAUUGGCAGAUCCACAGUUGAUGCGAGGAAAGAUAAUUGCUUUGGAGCUGUUGAAGAUCUUGUUGGAGAAUGCAGGGGCUAUUUUCAGAACCAGUGAACGAUUUCUAGGCGCCAUCAAGCAGUACUUAUGCCUGUCUUUGCUGAAAAACAGUGCAUCAACCCUUAUAAUUGUGUUUCAACUGUCUUGCUCAAUUUUCAUUAGCCUGUUGUCAAGAUUUAGAGCUGGAUUGAAAGCAGAAAUUGGAGUAUUCUUUCCUAUGAUUGUUCUCAGAGUUCUAGAAAAUGUCCCUCAGCCUAAUUUUCAGCAGAAGAUGAUAGUUUUGCGAUUUCUUACAAGAUUAUGUGCUGAUUCACAAAUUCUGGUCGAUAUUUUUGUCAACUAUGACUGUGAUGUUAAUUCAUCCAACAUCUUUGAAAGAAUGGUCAAUGGACUUCUUAAGACUGCUCAAGGUGUUCCACCUGGAGUUGCAACUUCCCUGCUACCACCUCAGGAUAUUACCAUGAAACUGGAAGCUAUGAAGUGUUUAGUCGCUGUUUUAAAGUCAAUGGGAGACUGGAUGAACAAACAGCUGCGUAUUCCUGGUGCUUACUCUACAAUGAAAGCUGAGAUAGUAGAUCAUGAAAUUGGAAAUCCUCCAAUAGAAAAUGGCGUGGCAUAUGUGCAGGAGCCUGCCGAAGGAUCGGAAUCUCAUCCUGAAGCCUCUAGUGAAGUUUCAGAUGUUUCUACAAUUGAGCAAUGUCGGGCUUACAAACUCGAACUUCAGGAAGGUAUAUCUCUUUUUAACCGAACGCCUAAAAAGGGGAUUGAAUUUUUGAUCAAUGUGAAUAAGCUGGGGAAUUCUCCUGAAGAAAUCGCAGAGUUCUUAAAAAAUGCUUCUGGUCUGAACAAGACUAUGGUUGGUGAUUAUCUUGGAGAAAGAGAAGAUCUGCCACUCAAAGUAAUGCAUGCGUAUGUUGAUUCAUUUGACUUUCAUGGUAUGGAGUUUGAUGAGGCAAUCAGAGCUUUCCUACAUGGUUUUAGGUUGCCUGGCGAGGCACAAAAAAUUGACCGAAUUAUGGAAAAAUUUGCUGAACGUUACUGCAAAUGUAAUCCAAAAGUGUUCACCAGUGCUGACACAGCCUAUGUCCUUGCUUACUCUGUAAUAAUGCUCAAUACUGAUGCUCAUAAUGCCAUGGUCAAAGAUAAGAUGUCGGCUGAUGAUUUUAUUAGAAAUAACCGUGGUAUAGAUGAUGGAAAGGACUUGCCUGAGGAAUACCUACGAUCACUGUUUGGACGUAUAUCAAAAAAUGAAAUCAAAAUGAAAGAUGACAAUUUUGCUCUUCAACAGAGGCAGUCUGUAAACGCUAACAUGUAUUUGGGUUUAGACACUAUAUUAAAUAUUGUGGUGCGUAAGAAUCCUGAAGAAAAUCAAAAUAGUGAUGAGCUUAUGCGACACAUGCAAGAACAGUUUAAAGAGAAAGCCCGCAAAUCAGAGUCAGUUUAUUAUGCUGCAACAGACGUGUUUAUACUAACAUUCAUGGUAGAGGUGUGCUGGGCUCCUAUGCUUGCUGCUUUUAGUGUUCCCCUUGACCAAAGUGAUGAUGAGAUUAUAAUAUCUCAUUGUUUAGAAGGCUUUCGUUCUGCUAUUCAUGUUACAGCAGCAAUGUCCAUGAAGACUCAUCGAGAUGCUUUCCUGACAUCACUGGCAAAGUUUACUUCCCUUCAUUCACCAGCUGAUAUAAAACAAAAGAACAUAGAAGCUAUCAAGGCAAUAGUCACUAUUGCAGAUGAAGAUGGGAAUUAUCUACAGGACGCCUGGGAGCAUAUCCUGACAUGUGUUUCUCGGUUUGAGCAUCUGCAUCUAUUGGGAAAAGGGGCUCCACCGGAUGCCACUUUUUUUGCUAAUGAAUCUGAAAAGUCAAAACAGACAAAGUCUAAUAUCCUUCCAGUUCUUAAGAAAAAAGGAGUUGGGAGGAUGCAUCAAGCAGCUGCAGCAACCAGAAGAGGGUCAUAUGAUAGUGCCGGCAUUGGCGGUAGUACUUCUGCAGGCAUUACAUCAGAUCAGGUGAAUAGUUUGGUCUCCAAGCUAAACAUGCUGGAACAAGUUGGUGAAAUGAAUCGUAUAUUCACAAGGAGUCAGAAACUUAACAGCGAGGCGAUAGUUGACUUUGUGAAGGCACUUUGCAAGGUUUCUAUGGAGGAAUUACGAUCUACAUCUGAUCCAAGAGUGUUCAGUCUCUCUAAAAUAGUCGAAAUUGCUCACUAUAACAUGAAUCGCAUUAGGCUUGUUUGGACAGGCAUCUGGAAUGUACUCUCUGAUUUUUUUGUAACUAUAGGUUGUUCUGAAAACCUGUCAAUCGCAAUAUUUGCAAUGGAUUCCUUACGCCAACUAUCUAUGAAGUUUCUGGAAAGGGAAGAGUUGGCCAAUUACAAUUUUCAGAAUGAAUUCAUGAAGCCUUUUGUGAUCGUCAUGCGCAAAAGUAGUGCUGUUGAAAUUAGAGAACUGAUCAUUAGAUGUGUCUCUCAGAUGGUUCUAUCUCGUGUCAAUAAUGUGAAGUCAGGAUGGAAAAGCAUGUUUAUGGUCUUCACAACAGCAGCAUAUGAUGACCACAAAAAUAUUGUACUCCUUGCGUUCGAAAUGAUCGAGAAGAUAGUGAGAGAUUAUUUUCCAUACAUCACUGAGACAGAGACCACCACUUUUACAGAUUGUGUAAACUGUCUAAUUGCAUUCACUAGUAGCAGAUUCGAUAGAGAGAUCAGUCUCAAUGCUAUUGCUUUCUUGCGUCUGUGUGCUAUUAAGCUGGGAAAAGGAGAUUUUGGAUCCUCUUCAACGAAUCAGGAUAAAGAUGUUUCUGAAAAGAUAUCUCCAUCUCAACAUAUUGAAAGAAAAGACAAGAGAUAUGAUAAUGAAGAUUUGGAUGAUAAAGAAGGCCAUCUCUACUUCUGGUUUCCACUAUUAGCUGGGUUAUCAGAACUUAGCUUUGACCCAAGACCGGAGAUUAGAAAGAGUGCCCUUGAAGCCCUUUUUGAUACGUUACGUAACCAUGGUCAUCAGUUCUCUCUACCUUUGUGGGAAAGGGUGUUUGAUUCUGUCCUAUUUCCAAUUUUUGACUAUGUCCGGCAUGCUAUCGACCCUUCUGGUGAUAACUUGUCAGAACACGGAUAUGAUGCUGAUUUUGAAGAGCUAGAUCAAGACUCAUGGCUAUACGAGACAUGUACACUUGCACUCCAGUUGGUUGUGGAUCUUUUUGUUAAUUUUUAUGAUACCGUCAACCCACUUUUAAAGAAGGUAUUGACAUUGUUGGUGAGUUUCAUCAAGCGUCCUCACCAAAGUCUUGCUGGUAUCGGAAUUGCAGCAUUUGUUCGUUUGAUGAGCAAUGCUGGGGAGUUGUUCUCUGAUGACAAGUGGCUUGAAGUGUUUUUGUCUCUAAAAGAGGCAGCAAAUGCAACACUUCCUGAUUUCUUGUUUCUUUUAGAUAGAGAUAGUUUAGAUGUGAACGAUGAUGAUGUUUCUAGUAGACGAAAUGAUGGGGUUUCUGCUGAAUCGAGUAUGAGGGAUGAAGAUUCGGAAAGUUUGAGGAGGGAUCGUCUAUAUGCCGCUGUUUCUGAUCUCAGGUGUCGUAUUGCAGUUCAACAAUUAUUGAUCCAGGCAAUAAUAGAGAUCUACAAUAUGUAUAGACCUCAGCUAUCAACAAAGAAUACCUUGGUUCUCUUUGAUGCAGUGCACAGAGUUGCAAGUCAUGCACACAAGAUAAAUGCUAAUAGCACGUUGCGUUCCAGGCUACUAGAGCUUGGCCCAAUGACACAAAUGCAGGACCCUCCAUUAUUACGUCUUGAAAUUGAGUCCUAUCAAAUCUGCUUUACAUUUUUACAAAACCUUGCUGAGGACCGACCUCCAUUUUAUGAGGAAUCAAAAGCCGAGUCUCGGCUUGUUGACCUUUGCCUAGAAGUCCUGAAAUUCUAUGUUGAAAUAGCACGUCCUGCACGUAAUCAGGCCCACUGGUUAAUACCAUUGGGCUCGGGGAAAAAGAAAGAACUGGCUACACGUGCACCUAUUAUUGUUGCAACUCUACAUGGGAUUUGCAGUUUGGGAGAUUCUUCUUUUGAGAAGAAUUUAUCCGUCUUUUUCCCUUUGUUUUCAAGCCUCAUAAGUUGUGAACAUGGGUCCAGCGAGGUACCGCUAGCCCUUAGUGAAAUGCUCAGCUCCUCUGUGGGUCCCAUUUUGCUGAGAUCAUGUUGACCCAACAUUCUUAAAUUUUAAGACUUGUAAUAUUGUUGCAGCUCCAUUUUUUCGGUUGGAAAUAUGUUCAUAGUGUAUGAAAGAGUUAGGAAUCGUUUUAAUUGUUUUGCGUGUGUAGGCUCGCUUCCAUAUAGAUCAAUAGGGUUGACAAGGGAUUUUGUUGUAUCUUAAGCAACUUAUAUGUCAUAUGUGUUCUUGAUUUAUAAUAGAAUAUGUUAAUCUUAAUUUUUUAUGCA